AUGGACGACCUCGACGCCCAUCGAGCUUAUGGCCCUCACAACCACCUCUCCGGCGAUGAUGCUCAUGAUAGUCCCGUGACCAGGGACGACGCCCCAACAGCGAAUAGGAGCAGGGGAUACAAGGGAUCGCGGAAGCAGGAGGGUAUCAAAAGGGCAUGUAACGAGUGCAGACAACAGAAGGCAGGCCCCUUUUGUGGUCAGCUCCGAUGUGACGUUGUGAGAGAACCGUUUUCCUCCUGUUCGAGAUGUCGGCGACUUGGGCUCAGUUGCAGAAUCGAGGCAACAUUUCAGAGAGUGGAGAAGAGGAAGAGCAAGCGAGAGCUUCAACGAAUGGAGGGUCAUCUUCAGACCCAUACAUCACCCUCACAUGCAUCUCAGCCCAGUCUGCCAUUAUUUGCCGACAUUCUUGACCCCCGACCGGUUCCUGAGGCUCGUGCCUUCAGCGAACCAGCCACGCCGGCCCCUCCGACACGGCCCGAAGACCUUCCGCUCUCAGAAAACUCGUCGUCCAUUCCACCCACCCAUCCAACACUAGCCGAAAUUUCUGCACUUCAUUCACCGUCCACCAAUGAAGUGCAGCAUUUGAACUGGAGUGUUCCAUCGGCUGCAGUUUCAGCAACGCCCGUGACCCGGACAUUAGACGCCAUAGAGCUAUCCGUAAAUGAGAUUCAAGGUCUUUUCAAUGGAUAUUUUCAACAUUACCACAAAUUCUUGCCAUUCCUUAACCCCUUGAAGCCUCCCGACUAUUAUUAUCGGUCCUCUCAUUUGCUAUUUUGGGCUAUUAUUGCUGUUGCUUCUCGUCGCUACAACGAGGACUUGUCUCUUUUGACCUCUCUGUCGAGAAGUGUACCUCGACUGCUGUGGUCAGUUUUGCAGCCUGUCCCUCAGAGUUACCACGACGUAAAAGCUCUCUGCCUACUUUGUACUUGGCCUUUCCCACUAAGUAGCUCAUCUCGAGACCCAACACUCAUGCUCAGCGGGACUAUGAUAAAUCUGUGUCUUCAUUUUGGGCUCCACAGACCCAAUCACGCUCAAGAUUUCUCAAAAUUCAAGGUCGCCCUUCCUUUCGAAGAUCUUCAAGACCGUAUGACAACUUGGAAUACGUGCAAAAUAGUUGCUCAAAGUGUUGCAACAGGAUAUGGCCAGCCAUCUUUUGUUCCGCUCGAAGACGUUCUCAUUUCUCAGGCGCACAAUGUUCAUGCCCAACAAAUGUCCCAGGAGCUCAGGGAUCGUUUGCAAAUUGAAUCAUUUUGCCAAAGAACCGCUAAAGCCUUAGAUUGUAUGUCCCAUAGUCGUGAAGCUGUCCCAAACGACGAAGUGGUUACAACUAUGCAAGCAUUGAAGGAAGACUUAUCUCAGCUUCAAAAGUGCAUGGAUAAAUCGGAAGCAGGAGGCGUCCUAGCCGUGUACCUUUGCUGCACGCAGCUUCAUCUGCGCUUAUAUACUUUGUUCAGCAACACCAAUUCUCACGACUACAUCGAAUCGCUCUUAUCGCUCUUCGAAGCUUGCAGAGAACUAAUUUCACUGGUCCGCGAUCGAGAGGAAGAUAUCUUGAUUCAUUGUCCCAAUUACAUUUUUCAAAUGAUCCUCGCAUCCGGCUUUGCUGUUUUGAGAUUGAGUACGAGCCCAAUGUCGGAAUAUAUAGACAGUGCAUCCAGUCGAACAACAUUUAAUUCUGCAAUUUUCGCUCUAAGAAAGAUUAGCGUGUCCAACAAUGAUCUUCCCGGCCGCCUGGCUGAUGUUCUAGCCCAACUCAAGGCUCGAGGAAAUAGAGAGAAGAGGGACUGGCAAAAUCUUCAGCCCAAUGUGCGAAGCAGAAUGAGCAUGAGUAUCACAUUUGACUCUCUUUGGGAAUGGAGAAAGGGUUUUGAAUCUAAUGGAAGUAAAACCACAAGUGGUGCGCAAUAUUUCAUAUGCCCAAUUUAUAAUUUUGAUGUGACUGCUGACGGAGUGCAGAACAAGGGCCGUCUGCCUCAACAGACAUCACUCCUAGCCCACGUCAAACCCUAG